CCUUGUGCAGAAGAAGAGAAUGGGUUCUAAGUUUAAUAUCGGCUCCUUAAGCAUAGUAAUGACUCUGCUUCUCUGCUUCUUAUUAUUAUCUUUAACUCCAAAACUUGAGGCCGAGCUCGCAAAGGUCGAACAUGCUCCAAACCCCGAUGGCUCAGUCAGUUUUCUGGUGAUUGGAGAUUGGGGUAGGCGUGGACUCUAUAACCAAUCCCAAGUUGCCCUCCAGAUGGGGAGAAUCGGGGAGGAGAUGGAUAUCGAUUUUGUGGUAUCGACGGGUGAUAACAUCUACGAUAACGGGAUGAAAAGCAUCGAUGAUCCCGCCUUUCAACUCUCCUUUAGUAAUAUCUACACUUCUCCUAGCCUGCAAAAGCCUUGGUACCUUGUAUUGGGGAAUCACGACUAUAGAGGAGAUGUUGAGGCACAAUUGAGUCCUAUCCUCAGAUCUAUGGACAGCCGUUGGAUUUGCAUGAGAUCCUUCAUCGUUGACGCUGAGAUCGCAGAGCUCUUCUUUGUCGACACAACUCCUUUUGUAGAUGCUUAUUUCCUCAAUCCACAAGACCAAACUUACGACUGGAGCGGCGUAUCACCGCGAGAAUCCUAUCUUCAGACCAUCUUAACGGAGUUGGAGAUGGGUCUAAGAGAAUCAAGAGCAAAAUGGAAAAUUGUGGUGGGUCACCAUGCUAUAAAGAGUGCUUCCAUUCAUGGGAAUACCAAAGAGCUUGAAUCUCUCCUCUUACCUAUCCUCGAGGCGAAUAAAGUCGAUCUCUAUAUGAAUGGUCAUGAUCAUUGCUUGCAACAUAUAAGCACAUCUCAAAGUCCAAUUCAGUUUCUAACGAGUGGUGGUGGGUCAAAGGCAUGGAGAGGCUAUUACAAUUGGACAACACCAGAGGAUAUGAAAUUUUUCUACGAUGGACAAGGAGUUUCGAUUUUGGGGAAGAGUCGUAGAGAUGUCUUUGCGAAAGCUUCGAUUAAAAUGGCGGAAUCGAAUUCGAUACCUUCCGUUGUUGUCAAUUCCUCUAAGCAGAAUGGUCCUAUCAUCGUGAUUGAUAAUUACGACAGCUUCACUUACAAUCUCUGCCAGUAUAUGGGAGAGCUAGGAUGCCAUUUUGAAGUUUACCGCAAUGAUGAACUUACAGUAGAAGAGCUGAAAAAAAAAAAUCCAAGAGGGGUGUUGAUUUCUCCUGGGCCUGGUACCCCUCAAGACUCUGGGAUUUCCUUGCAAACUGUUUUGGAACUGGGACCUCGUGUUCCUUUAUUUGGAGUAUGUAUGGGUUUGCAGUGUAUAGGAGAAGCAUUUGGAGGAAAGAUUGUGCGGUCACCAUUUGGUGUUAUGCAUGGGAAGAGCUCAAUGGUUUACUAUGAUGAGAAAGGAGAAGAAGGCUUGUUCUCUGGAUUAUCCAACCCUUUCCUUGUAGGUAGAUAUCACAGCCUCGUGAUCGAAAAAGAUUCAUUUCCUAGUGGUGAACUCGAGGUUACAGCAUGGACAGAAGAUGGUCUGGUUAUGGCUGCCCGGCACAGGAAGUACAAGCAUAUACAGGGAGUUCAAUUUCAUCCGGAGAGUAUUAUAACAACCGAAGGCAAGACAAUUGUCCGCAAUUUCAUCAAACUCGUAGAGAAAAAGGAAUCUGAGAAGCUGACAUAGACUAGCCUGAAUGAGAAAAUCAGCUGUGUUUGAUUAGUGCAUCCCUGUAAUAAUGUUUUGCCAAUGCAAAAUGUCAUCUUCCCAUUGUUUCUUUAAUAAAUAUUCGAUUCGUUC